AGCUGUGUGCCUGGGCGUCCAUUAAUUGGCUGGCUUUACAUCCUCGUCUGCUUUGACCCGCUGAAGGUAACCGGCUGGUUGCGCGCAGGUGCGCCCUGUGCCUGCCUUCCUUUUGGAGUUACCUGUCGGCGCUGGAAUCGGAGGAUGCGGCUGCGCUCAGGAGUCUUCGCCUUUUCUUGCCUGCUGGUGCAGGCGCUGGGCGUCGGACUCUUCCUCAGGGGCUUCUUCCCGGUCCCGGUGAGGUCGUUGCCUCGGAACGGGGCACUGGCUGCUCUUCCUCCUGAGCCGCCUCCGGCAGGAUUUUCUUCCAACUGGACCAAGGUUCCAUCUCCUCUCUUCAAGAAAGCUGUCAUAGUGUUAAUAGACGCCCUGAGGGAUGACUUUGUGUUUGGUUCAAAAGGUAAACAGUUCAUGCCCUAUACAACGCAGCUGGUGGAAGGAGGAACAUCUCAUAGUUUCAUAGCGGAAGCAAAGCCACCUACUGUCACCAUGCCUCGAAUUAAAGCACUGACAACUGGCAGCAUCCCAGGCUUCAUUGAUGUUAUCAUGAACCUCAAUUCUCCAACCUUGUUGGAAGACAACUUGAUCUGGCAGGCCAAAACAGCUGGGAAAAGGAUCAUCUUUUAUGGGGAUGACACUUGGGUUAGACUGUUCCCAAAGCAUUUUGUGGAAUAUGAUGGAACGACCUCUUUUUUUGUUUCGGACUACACUGAGGUUGACGAUAAUGUCACCAGACACCUGGAUAAUGUGCUGAAAAGAGAAGACUGGGAUUUACUCAUUCUUCACUACUUAGGCCUCGAUCACAUUGGUCAUCUCAGUGGACCAAACAGCCUGUUAGUAGGACCAAAGCUUUCCGAAAUGGAUAACAUCAUCAAGAAGAUCCACACAUCUCUCCUUGCCAAGGAGCGAGAGGUGGCAUCACCCCACCUGCUUGUUGUAUGUGGAGACCAUGGAAUGUCUGAAACGGGGAGUCAUGGAGGUUCUUCGGAGGGUGAGAUACAUACAGCCCUGCUCUUGAUCAGUUCUGCUUUUGACAGGAGAAAUGGUCCUCCAAAACCUCCAGAGCUUGUUCAACAGACUGACUUGACUGUGACAUUGGCAAUAGGUCUUGGCUUGCCAAUUUCAAGAAAUAGUGUUGGGAAGCUUAUACUGCCUGUCGUACAACAGAAAACAAUGAGAGAACAGCUCCGAUACUUGCACUUAAAUGGGUUCCAGCUUGCCAGACUUCUGCAAGAGAAUAUGCCUACAUAUGAAAAAGAUCCUGGAUUUGAGCAGUUUAAGAUGGCUGAAAAAUCCCAUGGAAAUUGGAUCAAGCUUUAUUUGGAGGGGAAUACCUCAGAAGUUCUCCUAAAUCUUGGCAAAAAAGUUCUGAAGCAAUAUUUGGAGGCUCUCAAGAUUCUGAGUGCUUCAUUAAGCAAGCAAGUGGCACAAUAUGACACAUAUUCAAUGAUAGUGGGGACAGUGAUUGUUCUGGAGGUGCUGCUGCUACUCCUACUGAGCAUUCCAAAAGCCCUGAGCAGCAGGGCAGAAUUUGAAGUGCCCCUUUCCCCGUUGUGCUCUCUUCUGUUCUACUUAAUGUGCCUCAUGCUCUGCGCAGUUCAUGUCGUCGUGUGCACCUCCACAGAAGGCUUGUGCUAUUUCUGCAGCAUUUCCUGGCUAACUGCGGUUGGAGUCAUCAUGUUGAUUUCCGGGCUUCUAUGUGUCAUUGUGUCUGGCCUGGAAAAGGUGUUUGUGAAUCCAAAACAACCGGCAAAGAAUCCAGCUGCCUCUACUUCCAGCUGGUCUGAAUUAGACGUGCUCAUCCUGGCAGGAACUAUUGGCCACGUGUCGAGUCUGGGUGCGAGCAGCUUUAUUGAAGAAGAGCACCAGACAUGGUACUUUCUCAUCAACACCCUUUGCCUUGCUCUCUGCCAGGAGAUUUGCAGGCACUAUUUUUUGGCAAAAGAAUGCGAUCUCCAGCUUCUCUCUGCAGGCAAACCAAGUUCUGACGAAGUCAAAGGAACCUCUUUGCACUACAAAAGCGAUGUAGAAUUAUUGCAGGAUGAUUUGAAAACAGGCAAAGGCAGCUUCUCUGACAAGAGGAGAGGCUCUGAGAAGUGGAUGGCAUUAGCAACUCCAUGGGUUAUUCUUGUUUGCUGCCGAUUGCUUCGUUCGUUAAACCAGACUGGAGUUCAGUGGGCUCAUAGGCCAGAUUUCGGGCACUGGUUGACAAGCUCUGAACAUAAAACUGAACUUUCUCUGCUGGCAUCUGUAUCCCUAGUUAUGAUCUUUAUUCUCGGUCAGCGGAGAUGCUCUCUGGUUUCGAAAAUAGCAAUGGCACUUGGACUCUUGGGAGUGUACAGUUACCGGGCAGCCAUUGGAAAUGUGCUAUUUCCAUGGCAACAGGACAGCAAAGAUAUUUCCAAGGGCAUAAUUGAAGCACGUUUUGUUUAUGUCUUCGUUCUUGGCAUCAUCUUCUCAGGCACCAAAGACUUGCUCAAAUCUCAGGUUCUAACAACCGACUCCAAGAUAAAAUUUAUAGGUUUGUGGGAAAUAUACAGCGGGCUGGUUCUGCUAGCAGCACUCCUGUUCAGGCCUCACAACUUGCCAGUUUUGGUCUUCUGUCUGCUCAUCCAAGCCAUGAUGACAAAGUACGUCUGGAAACCACUGGAGUUUGAUGCAGCUCAAGUGACUAUAAUGCAUUACUGGUUUGGUCAAGCAUUCUUCUUUUUUCAGGGCAACUCAAACAGCAUUGCCUCUGUUGAUAUUUCAGCUGGUUUUGUGGGCCUUGACAACUAUGUAGAAAUCCCAGCCAUCUUCUUGACGGGAUUUGCAACGUACUCAGGACCUUUGCUGUGGGCCAUUCAUUUGCUGUGCUAUUUGAGCUCCGAAGUGAACAGGAAUCCUGCAGCGAUGGGCCAUGGCUGUUUCUGCUAUGCCCUGCUACGUUCUGUCCCUGUUGCUGCGUAUAUCAUCUUGGUCACGGCUCUGCGAUAUCACCUCUUCAUCUGGAGCGUCUUCUCACCAAAGCUUCUCUAUGAGGGUGUGCAUGUCUUCAUCACAGCCGCUGUGUGCAUGUUCUUCACAGCCCUAGAUCAGAAUCACUUGCACAAAGUCCAAGACUGAAAAUGACUGCUGGGCAGAAAUGUUUACAUCAUUUCUAGCAAUAGACUGGAUUUCUACUGUGGAAUGUGGAUUCUUGCCUUUAGAGUCCCCAAUGAACUUUAAAGAUCAAUCUAUUUUUUCGCAAACCUAUUUUAUAGCUCAAAGAGUUUAUUCUGUAGGGUGGUGCAGAUCUGAUGAGGUUGACCACUAAAAUGCAAUUUCAAGGAUAAAUCAGUUCAGACCUAAUUAAGAGACCAGGAGCAGAUUAGAGAUUGCAUGCUCUCCUCUCUUUCAGUCCAAAUUCCUGUGGUGCAUCUUAACCACAUUUAAUGUCUGUGCUGACAUAAUGAGCCAGGUCUCACGAUCAGUGAGACCCGGCUUAGCAGGGUGAGUGGGGAGGGAGUCCUGGGCGGCCGGAUCGGCCACCCACACGAUUGCCGGCUCCGUGACGGAGCCGGUGGGGGCUGGGAAGCUCGUGGGCUGCGUGGCCCCCGGAAGCUCUAGUAUGCCCUGCGCAAGUGCGCAGGGCAUACUGGAGAGACCCCCAGAGCCGGGAUGCAGCUUUUUGCCUCCCCUCCGGGGGUCUCCUCAUGAGUAGCUGUGGUGCGGAGUCACAACGCAGCUACUCACAUUUGGAAAGCCCGGGUUUGCGGAGCACUCUAAGGGGAGGGCUAAAAAGUGGGCUAGCCACUUGUAAGCCACCAGGCUCGCCUGUGAGCCCAGUGGUUUACACAAUCAGCCAAAAUCGGGCUAGGCUCUCCUAGCCCGAUUUUAGCUGAUUGUGAGAAUAGCCCCAAAGCUUAACUAUAAUCAAGGCUAACUAGGUUCCCCACUUUAUCAGGAUUCUCAGCUAGGAACUGAAGCUGGUUAGCAAACUCUGGUUAUGUAGAAACCUGGCUAGCCUUAACCUAGGGUUAAUAUCCCUGCUGACCCUUAACUGUGAUUAGGUAGCUAAUGGAAAUUGGCACUGGAAGGGGGAGAAUUGGCAGCCCUGUCCCAAACUCUUAAGUGCAAUUGAAAGAUUGUCUCUGUUGCAUCUACACUAGCCCAGAAUGGAUCUGAGUUUGAAGAUCUGGAGUAGACUUAAGGAGUUGUUACUAAUUUUCAUUCCUUCAUAUUGGAGUGAUUGUUCCAUGUAAGAUAAAAAUCUACCAAGCUUUAAUAGACAUUUUGGGGGUGACUUGGGUCUGUUGUAUGGUCACAUCUUAUUUCACUGUUGCGCCCCGUAUUUUUUUCCAUUUUCUAUAUAUUUAUAGUAGCUUCAGUACGUAAAUUUUUAUGUUCUGUAGAAAGUUGGCUGAUAGUUCUUAUUAGAGUAAAACACCUCAUACCUUGGACUGCUUUUUGGAUUUGUUGAUUUGACCUGUGUUUCCCCAUGCAUAAAUGUAAAAUAAGUCUUCUGAACUUGAGAGAGAGACUGUAUCUCCAUAUAAUCGGCUUGAAUUGAUAUAGUGCAUACACAUGUCAGUUUAACAGUUGGCAUGGGAGUUUUUGCCCUUCACUCAGCAGCUCUUAUUCCCCCAAAUUGUCCAUUUCAAAGCCAUGUCAUGUUACAUUGUCUGUCCGUAACUCAAGGUAUGGCUUUGGGGUGAGGGGAAGAAAGGUGAUCCCCCAAGCUAGAACCUUGGGUUGGUGAUUGAGAAGAACAAAUUAGAAAUGUGGUGUUACCCUUUCUAGUCCUAAAGCCAGGUCACAGAUUGGGGGAAGCAAUGAAUCUUUCACAUAUUGACUGCCCCAAACCAAUUGCCUGCCGUGUUUUUCCUUAACCUACUCUGAACAUGAUGGCUCACAGUGCGACAAGAUGUGAACUGGAUAUGGAAAUAGGUAUAAUGUAAUAUAUCAUAUAUACUUAGUGAUUUUGAAUGUAACUUAUACAGUUCCCUGUAGUUUGCUUUGGUUUUGUGUGUAUACAAAUAGCAAUCAAAGAAUACCUCAAAGAGGACUACAGCAGGCUUUAAAAGCUGGCAUAUCUGUAAAUGUGUGUGAAAUUCCUUAUGAACAGCAAUGGAACCUUUCCUAGGCAAAUAACAUUAUUUUUGAUAGCUGAAGCUUAGCAUGAAAAAUACUACAUAUUACAUAUGUAGUGACAUAAACUACCUAUUUAUGAAAGAAUGUCAGUACACUUGCAACUGACGACAAGCUUUGUAUAAAAUAGGAAAUGCAGAGACUGGUUUUUCAAAGGAGUUGUGUCUGUAUGUUUAUGGUAACUUGAACUUCGUGAGUGAGACUUCAUCUGUGGCGUUCUUCCUAUAUGAGCCUAUUCAUAUAGGGUGUUGAGUGUCCAGUCAGUGUGGUAACAAUGGGAGGCCAUCUCGGGCUCUUGCUCACCCUCUCUUCUUCUCUUUGCGAGUGAGGGAGAGAAAGGAAAUCAUGCAGCAAACAGAUGAACUGCUUGCCAGCUGGGAGAGUGAAGGGUGACACCUCUGUGCCCUGAUGCAGGACUCACCUGCACAGGCGUGCUUCUGACACCGUUGCAAGGGACAUGGCUGGCAUCAGAACAUGGACGGUGCCUCCUGGCAUCCUCUCCCAGGCACAGAGUGCUUUGUUUUCUGGCUGGGUGCCUGAUGGGGUGAGAGGUCCCCAGGUAAUCCUGGCAACUGGCGGCUGGGGACCAUAUCUCUCCCACACACCACAUACUUCAAUGCUGACUGCAUGGCUGCUUCUCAUAACGUUCACACACAGCUAUACUGCAUUUAUCUCUAUUGACCCUGCGGCCCAUCCUCUGAUUGAACUGUUCAGUCUCAGCUAGUGUCCAGAUAUGGUCGGUAUCGUUCAAGAUUCCCUCACGUUCAACAGACUUGAACGUGAGGACUGAAAUGCCUUACUAUGAUAUACUUUGCUUCUCUUGUGCUGUGGAAGGCAAAUACUGUAAUUGUGAUUUAGAGAGUCUUUUUAUUCCUUUCUACAGAGAUAUGGAUAAGGAAUUUUAAAAGGGCUAACAAAUGGUUUUCUGCAGCAUCUCUGUACUGGCAGCUGUAGAUCUCAUUGUUCUAAGCUACACAAUUAUCAAAGCAUUUGAAUAUUUGCAUGUUAUUACAAACGGUUGGAACAGUAAGUGGCGGCAGAGCAAAUGACAUUCUGGCAAGCCACAGCGGUGUGAAUGUUUUCCGUACUUUGAAAACUCCCUAUUGUAUUUCUAGGUCAGUGUUUCUAAAUGGAAUUGCCUCCCUGUAGGAGAACCCACCUAUCUUGGUGUGAGUGCCGGUUGUGGGUGUCUAUGUCCCCUUAUUAUGAGGCAGCCAAACUCAUAACAAUGAUUCAUGCUAUGAGUUUAUGUGACAGACAAUCUUCUCUCAGGGUGGGUACUUCCACUGUGUGUCUGCACCGGCACUGAUUGGAUGCCAGUGCAGGGAUCAUGUGAACAAAUUACCUUCUCUAGUGGAGACAAGAUCCAAAAAAUGAGUCCCGUGCAAAUAUGGCAGGUCUGGAGGGUUUUUUUCAUUGAUUUAUCUGUUGCAGCAUCCUAGUGUGUCCCAGCAGCCAGUUUGGGAAUGCUUGCUCUAGAGUUCAUGACCACACAAUCCUUUUUCUAACAAGAGAAUACAAGACACAAACCAUGCUAUAUGUAAAUUAUUCUUGGAUUCAUCCAAAUCAUCGUUCUGGCCUGUUGCAUAUGCUAACCCUGUGAAUACUACCUUGAGUCCAUUAUGGAAGAAAGGUGGGAUAGAAAUGCAAUAAAAUAAAUACAUAAUGUCA